GCGCUGCCCGGCCUCGCGUCUGAGCAGGCCUGCGUGUCUCAGGACCACCUGGUGUGCUUCCUGCCGGGGACCCUGGCCCUGGGCGCCCACCACGGCCUGCCGGCUGACCACAUGGAGCUGGCCCAGUCGCUCAUGGACACCUGCUACCAGAUGAACCGCCAGAUGGAGACGGGGCUGAGCCCUGAGAUCGUGCACUUCAGCAUGCACCCCCAGAAGGGUGGGAAGGACGUGCAGGUCAAGCCGGGUGACAGGCACAACCUGCUGCGGCCCGAGACGGUGGAGAGCCUCUUCUACCUGUACCGCUGCACCGGGGACCCCAAGUACCGGGACUGGGGCUGGGAGAUCCUGCGCAGCUUCAACGCCCACACGCGGGUCCCCUCGGGCGGCUUCUCCUCCAUCAGCAACGUGCAGGACCCCCGCAACCCCCAGCCCAGGGACAAGAUGGAGAGCUUCUUUCUGGGGGAGACGCUCAAGUACCUGUACCUGCUCUUUUCGGACGACACGGACCUGCUCAGCCUGGACACCUACGUGUUCAACACCGAGGCGCACCCCCUACCCAUCUGGACCCCCGGCUAGGGGCUGUGCCCCUCGGGCACACCUGCGGCCAUCCACCCAGCUGGUCAGCAGCCUGUCCAGCGGGCUGUUGGGCUUGCC